UAGUGCUUCCGCUUUCACAGAGAUCACUGAGAGCGACCCGCCGGUGCCCGAUCAAAAUACAAACAAUGGGCAAGAAGCACAAGAAACACAAGUCCGAAAAGCACGGAUAUGAAGAGUACGGAGAGAGACCACUGAAGCUGGUGCUGAAAGUUUCUGGAAACGAAGUGACGACAGGAAGCUCGAGCCUGGACACUUUCUACGACGAGCAGCCGGCGGAAUAUGACAAACCUAAGGAGAAGAAGAAGAAAAAGAAGAAGGAUAAAGAGAGGAGCUUUGGGUCACCAGAGGAUGACAGAGGAAAGAAGAAGAUGACAAAGAAGAAGAAAGGUCAGGAUGCAGAUGGAGAUGAUGAACAGAGCAGAACUCCUGUCCGAUCAGAGCUGGACAAACUGGAAGAAAAGGAACAAACUCCCCUACAGGAAGCUCUGAACCAGCUCAUCAGGCAGCUCCAAAGGAAAGAUCCCAGUGCAUUCUUCUCGUUUCCUGUCACAGACCUCAUUGCUCCUGGCUACUCUGCCAUUAUCAGACGGCCGAUGGACUUCAGUUCAAUGAAGGAUAAAGUGAAGAAAGAGUGCUAUCAGUCACUAGAUGAACUCAAGGCGGAUUUCAGGAUCAUGUGUGAAAAUGCCAUGAUUUACAACAAACCUGAGACAAUUUACCAUAAAGCAGCCCGGAAACUGUUACACUCUGGAAUGAAGAUCUUGAGCCAGGAAAGACUGGAGAGCCUGAAGCAGAGCAUAGAGUUCAUGUCUGGUCUCGACCCUUCUGCCAAACUGCCGGGAAAGACUGAGGAACAAGGGAACAUCAGCCUGGACCAGAAAGGAGAGGGACCCUCGACCACAGACACCAGCGAGAGAUCCCAGACACCCAGCACACCCAGACAAGACAAGGACACUAAGGAUGAAGCGGCAAAGGUAGAGAAAGAGCUUGAGGAAAUCCGCAAGGUCAUCGAGGAGUCUGGAGGAAAGCUGUCCAACAGAGUGCUGCAGUGUGAUUUGGAGUUUGCAAGGCGGAAAUCUGACGGCUCCACCACUCUGGCAAUCCUCAACCCAGCAGAUCCAUCAGCAGGAGAUGUUGGUUACUGUCCUGUGAAACUGGGCAUGAUGUCCAAUCGGCUGCAGAGCGGCGUGAACACCCUACAGGGCUUCAGAGAGGACAAGAGGAACAGGAUUACUCCAGUGUCCUAUGUCAACUACGGGCCGUUCACCUCCUACGCACCCACCUACGACUCCAGCUACGCCAACGUCAGCAAGGAGGACUCUGACCUUAUCUACUCUCUCUAUGGCGAGGAGUCCAGUCCUCAGGGCUCAGACAGCUUGUCAGACUUCCUGGCCAAAUCAGACGAGUAUGUGUACAAACUGGCAGACAAUAUUCUGGACGCCAUGACGAAUGGAGAGCAUUCAAAAACCCUGAAAGAGACUGAGCCGCAGGUGGGGGAGGCAACAAACACACAAGAGAAAAAGGAUGACAUGGAGGUAGCUGAACCCGAAGCAUCCAACUGCAACAGGCUUGACUUCCUGCGCUCUGUUGCAGGCCUGCAGAUGGCUGAGGAGCUCUCUGGAGAGGCCCUGCACUUCCAGCAGAAAUUGGAUGAGACUACAAAGCUCCUGCAUGACUUGCAGGAAGCACAGAAGGAGCGUCUGAGCGCCAAGCAGCCACCUAACAUGAUUUGCUUGCUGGCUCCGACUGCCAAGGAGCUAGAGCUGGCUGAGAAGGUGACUGGGAACUUGGCUGAGCUCACUGGUCAAGUGGCCCCGUGUGAUGUCAGCAGUGUGUACGGCAUCAGGAAGGCCAUGGGCAUCGCUUUCCCUCCAGAACCACCUGGGCCCUUCAUUGACCUCACCACAGUGCAGGAGAUGGCUGAACCAAUGGAGAUCACGUCCAGUGGCCAGGACACAGCUCCAGUCGCAGCUGUUUAAUUAAAGUUACAGUUAAAUAAGUUAAGUUUUCUACGAAAGGUGCUUUUUGUGUGACAUUUGUAUGCA